CGCUCAUCGCGCCGCAUCCCUGGGUCAGCCCCGUGUUCCUCCUCGUCCCUCCGCCCCUCCCGUGUUCCCCAUGUAAACAGAGCCGCCACGCGGGGGGGGCGGAGCCGGCCGUCUUCGGCGGUCCAGGCGCAGGUGGGAUCCGCUCGGUGCUGCCGGGGCUCGGGGAGCGGGAGGGGGCAAAAAGGGGGGUCUGGAGGGUUCGCCUUGCCCUGGGUGGAGAGUGUGUGCUGGGAGCCGGGCUCUGGCCGCCCGCCCCGGCGGAGGGCGGGACCGCCCUCUCCCGCCACGAGGUGCGGUCCAGGGGCAAGUGGGAUCCGCUCGGUCCUGCCGGGGCUCCGGGAGCGGGAGGGGGCGAAAAGGGGGGUCUGGAGGGUUCGCCUUGCCCUGAGUGGAGAGUGUCGGCGGUUCUGGGGAGGGGGCUCUGGCGGGCGCUGGGGGUGAAGUGUUUCGAUCGGUGGCCCCCGGUGGCUCUCACCGGGUCUCAGCGCCGGCCCCGCGUAGCCCGAUCGCUCAUCGCGCCGCAUCCCUGGGUCAGCGCCGUGUCCCCGUGUUCCUCGUCGUCCCCCCGCCCCUCCCGUGUUCCCCCUGUGGAUCGACCCACCGAGGGAAAGUUCGCGGGUGCCGGGUAGGGGGGCACGUUCGCCCUGAGGGAGCCAAGAUGGCGGAACGCCCUCACGGUUCCACCAAUCGGGGGCACCCACUGCAGACGGGGCCAAAGCCUCGCUAUUGGCUGUUUGACCCGUCACUCUUGGCUCCCGCGCGCUGAUUGGUCACGGCCGUGAGGGUGGGUCACGCCCACGAAGGAGUCCACGGAGUUCUCGUCCACGGAGUCCUCGGAGUCGUGGCAGCACCGGGAGCGACGGCAGUGUCCGGACCCCGGUGAGGCGGCGGCGGAGCUCGGACGCGGCCCCGGCCCAGGUCACUGUGAACGGACAGGGCAGGACUUUGCUGGCAUCGCCUUCCUGAGCCCGAGUGUCCCACAGGGCCCAGCCGUGUCCUCUCAUCAUGGUCUCUCCACUCUGCCUCAACAGUGGUGGUAAAACCACCCCCUGGCCUGGGCUGAAAGAGGCUUUGCCAGCACCACUGAUGCCUCGAGAUGCAGCUUGUCACAAGCAGAGAGAGGGCGAGUUCGGACGUGGAGGGUGGAUUCUGCUCCGGGGAUGGGAUUGUGGAGGAGCCCCUGGGUCCCCAGGAUUGAUCAGCAAACAAGAAAACGCCUUCUGGGUGAUUGCAGGGCCACCCCUGUGUCCUGUGGGGAGGGGACAGUGUCACCCCACGAGGACAGGGCUGGCAGGCACGAGGCUCCUGGGGCAUCUCGCCCUGGCAGUGGUUCUGCUCCUGCUCCUGGCUUUGGUGGUGGCCGUGGCUGUGCUGGCAGUGAGAAGACUUGGAGAGAUUCCAGUCACGCCCGGGGUUCCAGAGUUUCUGGCCUGUCCCGAGGCCUGGGUCGGGUACAACAGGGUCUGUUACUACCUCUCGAGGGAUGAGGGGACCUGGGAGCAGGCUCAGAAUUGGUGCUCCGAGCUCGGGGCCUCCCUGGCUGUGCUCAGCGACAAGGAGAUGGGCUUCCUCUUCCGCCUCAAUGGCAACCUGGAUUACUGGCUCGGGCUGCGGAGACGGGGGUCCCCGUCCUGGGUGACUCCGAGUGUGUGUACCUGGGCCACCGGCGCUUCAGGAGCGGGCUCUGCUCGGCUCAGCGGCCUUACCUCUGCAACAGACCCCAGGAUCGCCUGGAAUAAACGGUGGGAAGGGGAUCUUUUCCUCCAUCCUGAAGACUCAACAGCUUUGCAUCUUCUCCCAGCACACCUCAGCUCUCCACCUGCCUUGCAGUUGUUUAUCUGCAUCACCUCAGAGCCUGGUGCCACGGAUACCUCAGUGCAACCCCUCAGGGUCACCUCAGUGCCUGGUGUGAAGGAGAUGAGCCUGCAGGGAGGGGAGAUGAUGUGGAAGCCCAUGUGUGGCUGCCUGAACUGGGGACUCUGGGUUUCUUUGUCCUUCUAGAACCGUCCCAGAACUCAUCCUGCUUCUCUAACAGUCCACAGUUGUACCCUAACCCUGUAUACAUGUAUGAUGCUGCCUAUCCGGAGUGAAGCAGGAGAUCCCACGUUCACUUUUGCAAUAAAACCUUGGGAAAUCCC